AUCAGUCGGCGUCCUCCUAUUAGUCACAUUUGAACUGAUCCCGAAAAUUGCAUCGAAAUCUUUCGCCUUUCGUCUGAUAUUCAUAAUGACAGUUAUACUGAGGUCUGCCGCAUUCGCCGCUCUAUUCCAAUCGGUUGAAACCAAUUGUGAGCUACUAGCGCUAAUUAUAACAAUUGCGAUCACGAUUAUUAUCAUCGCAGUGUCACUGAGACUGUCAUCUUUGAAUGAGAAGGGAAUCAUCGUUUUCGGAUCUUUGAUGACCGUUCCAGCGAUUUUAGCGGCCAUCGCACUGAUUUGUUGCUACUCUAUCAAAUCCGAAAGCGUGAGU